AUGGCGUCAAAACUCGUGCCGUUUACGCUCCGGCAAUGCCGCCAAUAUUGGAGACACAUCCCCGUUCGGCAAUGCCGUCAAUUCACCGUUGCUACUCCGGUUCGCAGUGAAGCGCUUGCUGUGCACCGAAAUAGCCCAGAGAACAAUCCCAACAUCCCAUUCAAAUUCACGGAACAAAAUCUCAAAGUUAUCGAUGAAAUCGUCAAGAGAUAUCCUCCACAAUACAAAAAGGCCGCCGUCAUGCCGCUUUUGGACCUUGGCCAACGGCAGCUGGGCUGGACAAGCAUUAGUGUCAUGAACGAGGUUGCGCGAAUCCUCGAGAUGCCUCCCAUGCGGGUUUACGAGGUGGCCACAUUCUACACAAUGUACAACCGGGAUCCCGUGGGGAAAUAUUUCGUUCAGAUUUGCACCACCACUCCCUGCCAACUCGGCGGUUGCGGAAGCGACAAGAUCGUAGAGGCCAUCACGAAACAUCUCGGUGUCCAUUCCCACGGCCAAACGACGCCAGACAAACUCUUCACUGUGCUGGAAGUUGAAUGUCUGGGCGCCUGCGUAAACGCACCCAUGGUACAGAUCAAUGACGAAUACUAUGAAGACCUUACUCCCGACACCGCUGUCCAAUUGCUCGAGGCGCUCAAGGAAUCCGCUCUGGCCGGGGAAAGUGGGAAGAAAGUCAAAGUUCCCGCUCCGGGGCCGUUGAGCGGAAGACAUUCUUGCGAAAACAGUGCUGGAUUGACCAACUUGACGAGUCCGCUGUGGAGCACGGAGACGCUUAGAACAGAUGGGGAGUUGUAA